AUGGCUAAAAGGAAAAAUAAGCCGUUGAUUGAUUCGGAUUCAAGCAGCGAAUGCUCAGAUUUGGACUCUCAAUUCCUGAAUUUAGCAAAGAAAAAAAAGAAACCGGGGGAAUCGCCACCUUCGUCAAGGCCAAAUAACAAGUCUUCAGAUAGUGAAUCCGAUUGGGAUGAAGAUGAUAAGAAGAAUGACAAGUCCACUUCGUCUUCGGAGUCGGAAUCGAACAGCGACGCCAGAAGCGACACUUCCCAGAAGAAGGAACCGCCCCGCGCGUCGCGGAAGUCCUCUUCGGACUACACAGAAGAGGUCAAGAAGAAACCAGAGCCGAGAAAGAGCGACAUAAGGAACAGCAUCGACAGUGUUGGCUCCGUCAAAAAGAAAGACUCCUACAGCGAACCGGAAGAAGGUGAAGUAUCAUCACAUUCAUCAGACAAUGAUUCCAUUGACUCCGAAGAGGAGUUUGACGAUGGUUAUGAUGAAAACUUAAUGGGAGACGAAGAGGACAGAGCUCGCUUGGCAGCAAUGUCUGAGAAAGAGAGGGAGCAAGAGAUUUUCAAACGGAUCGAGAGGAGAGAUCUCAUGAAGACACGGUGGGAGAUCGAGAGGAAGCUGCGCCUGGCGAAGCGGUCGGCGGCGGAGCGCGGCGCUUCGCCCGGUGAGGUGGCGAGGCGGCGCGAGGCGCGGCGCCGCCGGAGGGCGAAGCGCCGCCGCGAGGCGCCGCGCCGCGGGCCCAGCCCCGCCGCGGGCCAGCGCUCGCCCCACCGCCCCGACGACCAACGCAACGAGCCCGUCGAGCCCCACGAAAAGAGGGACCCCAGAGAUAGAGAAAUCGAUGUGGAGCCACCGAAAGAGCAGGAAAACGAAAAGGAGAUGCCACCGCAGAGUCCAGGAGAGUUAUUGGAUGAUUCAAAAGAUAAUGAGGCAUCGGAGAGGUCCGCAUCGCCUCUCUUCGGAGCUAAGACCGAGAGGAAGAGGAACGUAGACGACAGACGGCAGAACGCAAUGGCUGCCCUCAGAGCGCAGAGGGACGCUAAGGCGACCAGGACGGAGCACAAGCAGAGGAAGAGGAUGGAGGAGGAGAAGGACAAAGAUGAAGAAGACGACGCCGAUGCAGAGAUAAUCGGAGGCACCAGCAAGCAGAGCGUCAAACUGAAGGCAUCAGACAUCUAUUCUGAUGACUCCGGCUCGGAUUCCGAGGACAACAAAUCCCAAGGUCGACGCAGCUCUAGUAGCUCUUCUUCCUCUGGAGCGGAAGAAGAAGAGAAGAAGCGGGAAGAAGUUGAGGUCAAAUACGCUGACACAAGGGAUCAGAUCAACAAACUUAGGCUAAGCAGGUUCAAAUUGGAGAGGCUGGUGCACUUGCCGUUCUUCGCGCGCGUCGUAACCGGCUGCUUCGUGAGAAUCGGUAUCGGGAACAACAAUGGCAACCCCGUCUACAGGGUGGCCGAGAUAAUGGACGUGUACGAGACCGCGAAGGUGUACAACUUGGGCGGCACGCGCACCAACAAGGGGCUGAAGCUGCGCCACGGCACCCAGGAUCGGGUCUUCCGCCUGGAGUUCGUCAGCAACCAGGAAUUCACCGAUACGGAGUUCCAGAAAUGGUACAAGGCCAUAAAAGACGCGAACAAGAAACCGCCCACGAUGGACUUCGUCCGCAGCAAGAUCAGCGAGGUGAAGGAGGCACUGAUGUACGAAUUCAAAGAAGAAGACAUAGAGAAGAUCGUAGCAGAGAAGGAGAGGUUCCGCGCCCACCCGACAAAUUACGCUAUGAAGAAGACUCAGCUUAUGAAAGAGAGGGACGUGGCCCAGUUGCGAGGCGACGACGAGCUGGUGAUGGACCUGAACGCGAAGAUCCAGGAGCUGGAGGACAGGGCGAGCCAGCUGGACAAGACCAGGACGUCCUCCAUCCAGAGCAUCUCCUACAUCAACAACAGGAACCGGAAACUCAACGUGGAGACGGCGGAGAAGGCGAUCAUGGAGGAGGUUAAAGCGAACAAAGGCAAGAAACAAGACGACCCGUUCACGCGGCGGCACACCAAACCCGUGAUGAACUUCAAAUCUCACCAAGGUGGAAGGAGUCAGGAGCUGAUGAGAAACGAGGAGGCUGCCGUCGAAGCGCAGAAGCAGAGGGAGGAAGAGGAGAGAGCUGCCAGGGAGAGGCAAGAGCGAGACAGACUGAUGCAGCAGGCCUCGGAGGAGCAAAGAGGACGGCGAGAGGGCGCCCCCGAGGCGGCCGGCGACGGAGCCCCUCACUCCCACAGCCUCUACUCGCUCCACGACUUCGACAUCAGCAUCGACCUCGACCUGCCCGUCGCCAAGUCGAUGAGCGCUGAGCCGCGGCAGCUGGCGGCGAAAGUGAAGGAGACCGGCCCGAAGCGCUCGCUCAACCUGGACGAGUACAAGAAACGCCACGGGCUGAUA